CCGCGAGCUUUUUAAACAGUACCCUGGGGAAUACUCUCUGGGAGCCGUGGGAGGAAUGGGGGAAAUGGAGAUUAAGAGCGAAAAAUGAUGGUCCUGGGGGAUGAGAGUAGAGGUUUGACGAUUAGGCGUCAAGGCUGGCUUAGACCGGGGGGAAAACCAGAGCCGAUCGAGGUGAGGCCGAACACCCGGCAGGGGAAAAUCCUCCUGAGAUGGAGUGGAAACUGGAGCGCACCGCCCCGCGGAGGGUCCGGACGGAAGAAGAGAUGCUGUGGGUGAGUAACGUCCUUUUGUUUCCCAGCCCCGACUCCCUGAAGGGGACUCUGCCCGCUGAGGACCAACAGGAGAACGUCAUGCGGGUGCUCGCCAAAGACAUGAAGCAAAAGAGAAGUCAAGGUUCUCCCAAGAUAUUUGACGGAGUUAAUAUCACAUAUUCUAACUUUAAGAGCAACUUUGUGAAGAGACUGUCGGCAGAGGUUCCCGUUGCCAGUAGCCCAAUUACCACCAGAUGGCGGCAAAGCCAAACCAGGGAUCUGGCAGUUGAUUCCUUUGAGGAAGAGCGUUCAACCACUUACCUCCCAGAAGCUUCUGGAUCCGUGCUGAAGAUAACUCCUGAAAAAGAGACCUUGAUUCUAGGAUCCUACAAAGAACCACUGAAGACCCCCAUCAAAGGGAAUUUUGAAACAAAUAACUCAGCUCUCCAUUUUUGCAAGGCACCUCCUGCACUGGGCAGAGGCUGGAAUGAAAAUGUUGCCUCAAAAGGCCAGAAAUGCCUAAACCAGCUAUUUUUGACCCAGAAGGUGGCUCAGUGGGUUAGUGGGAAAAUGCAGCUCUGUGAGAAAUCCCAAUGUGUUUGGAAAGCCUGCAGAGAUGGAGUCAGAGAUGAAUCCUUCCAUCUUAAAAGAUUCAAUGGUAUAAACUAUUCCAUACUGCAACCAGAGGUGAAGUUUCAUCUUACUGGUCUUCGAAAUGACUAUUAUCUCAAUAUUCUAGAUUGGAAUUUUCAAAAUCUUGUUGCUAUAGCCCUUGGAUCCUCUGUGUACAUCUGGAAUGGGGAAAACCACAAUAAGAUUGAAAAUAUAGACUUCACUCUCAAUUGUAACUAUGUAUCUUCUGUGUCCUGGAUAAAAGAGGGAAACUGCCUGGCAGUUGGCACCAGCGAGGGAGAAGUACAACUAUGGGAUGUGGUAACUAAAAAGCGGCUGAGAAAUAUGCUUGGUCAUUUGUCAGUGGUUGGGGCUUUGAGCUGGAAUCACUAUAUUCUUAGCAGUGGGUCGAGGUUGGGCCGAGUUUAUCAUCACGACGUUCGGGUAGCCCGGCAUCAUGUUGGAACACUUCACCACCAACAAGCUGUGUGUGCUCUGAAGUGGUCGCCUGACAGUAGGCUGCUUUCCAGUGGCUGUAGUGACGGACUGCUGACUAUAUGGCCCGGUGACCCGAGUGCAAAAGCACAGGUUCAACCACUGAAAGUCAUACCCCAACCUACAGCAGUCAAGGCCAUGGAUUGGUGUCCCUGGCAGUCUGCAGUCCUUGCUGUUGGAGGCGGAAUGAAGGACGGACACUUACAUAUCUUGGACAUAAAUACUGGGCAAACCAUCCAGACCCCAAGCAUGAACUCACAGAUUUGUUCCCUAAUCUGGCUCCCUAAGACAAAGGAGAUUGCAAGUGGCCAAGGUACUCCUAAGAACGAUGUGACUGUGUGGGCCUGUCCUGGUCUGGCCAGGUCGGCUGGAUUUUUUGAUUCUGAUAAUGUCAUUUGGCAACAACAACAACAAAAAACACCCUUCACAGAAAGACUUCCUGCUCCUGCUGGCCACAGGGGCAGAGUGCUGCACCUGGCUUUGAGUCCAGACCAGACCCGAGUGUUUUCUGCCGCAGCCGAUGGCACAGCCUGUGUAUGGAACUGCUGUGAGUCACUCAGCCCCUCUGUGAGCUCCAGUUUCCUCACUUUGAAAGCCCCAUCCUGCUGCUGCUCAGGGGACUCCGGUAUGGACACUUGCACAUUCUCUGUACAGGGACUGGAGGCCCUAGAGGAACCCUGACUUCAGCUUUCCUGGAUGUCCCAGAUUUUCAAAUUUAGAGCUGUGUAUGUUCAUACAAAAAAUGAGAAAAAAAUUGCUUCUCAGUGUUUUUUGUUUUUUGUUUUUUUUUUUGUAAAAUCAAGAAGAUGUACUAGAUCAACCCAUGCCUUAGCAGUGAACUUGUUUUUGAUGAACAACUUACUUAAGCUGAGAACAGUAAGUUUUUUGACUGGCAUCUUAUCAAACUUCUUUAAAAAAAAGCACUAGGACCCUACAGAAGCCAAUGCCAUGACAAGACAAAGCAUGAUGUUACAUGUUCUAUAUCUGCAUGAGUAAUUCCAACAGCUCAA